AUGCUCGACAACAAGCACGAAGCCUAUGAGCUUCAAACGCCUAUCAGCGAGAAGAGCUAUGAAAUGCAGCCAGGACAAGGGACCAAGUCUGGAACCGCUCGAGAUGCUGCCGAUAUGAUGCGCCUGGGAAAGAAGCAGGAGUUUAGGAGAAACUUUCAUGCUUUCUCCAUGCUCGGUCUGUCUAGUGUUCUGUAUGCUCUCGUCCGUCUGUGCCAGAUCUCGACAAAGCUAACUCGGGUCAAGNNCAUGGGGACAUGGCAAGCAUUGAUAGGCUCUGCAACCUUCAGCUUGAUCAAUGGCGGACUGGCUGGUUCUAUCUGGUCCUACGUCGCAACCUGGAUCUGUACCAUCUCUGUCACACUAUCGCUUGCAGAGAUGGCUAGUAUGGCCCCCACUUCGGGGGGUCAAUACCACUGUGAGAAUCUGCAGAAACGUCUUGUUCGAAGUUAUGCUGAUCCCAUCUGUGCUCCAGGGACUAGUGAGUUUGCUCCUACAAACUGUCAAAAAGCUCUCAGCUACUUCGUCGGAUGGCUUUCCGCAUUGGGCUGGCAAGCAUCGAUCGCGCUCACGUCUUUCGCUGCUGGUAACGUCAUUCUCGAACUCGCUUCUGCCAUGCAUCCUUCUUAUACACCCGCCCUUUGGCACGGCACUCUCAUGACCAUCCUAAUGGCGAUAUUGGCUGUAAUGGUCAACACUCUGGGAGCAAAGCGUCUACCUUUACUCGAAGCGGCCAUUUUAUUCCUGCACAUCUUUGGAUUCUUUGCUGUCUUAAUUCCACUUUGGGUCGUUGCUCCCAAAAUCUCGGCCAAAGAAGCUUUUACUUCAUUCGCCAACACUGGCGGCUGGAGCAGUAUUGGAGCCGCGGUAGUGAUAGGUCAACUCACUGCUGUGGGGUCUCUUGGAGGUAGGUAUGGGUGCUCCUCAGAAGCUUCUCUUACUAAUGAGUCAAANGGAUCCGAUGCUCCAGCCCAUCUUGCUGAGGAAGUCGCCAACGCGAGUUAUGUAGUUCCUCGGGUCAUGGUUGCCACCGUGCUUUUGAACGGUGCACUGGGCCUUGUCUCGAUCAUCACCUUUGUCCUUUGCAUCACUGACUACGACACUAUGGUUGCAAACAACAUGGCGGUAUAUCCGUACAUUUCGAUCUUCCAGCAAGCCGUUGGCUCUGACGUCGGUGCCACGCUCAUGACAACACUUUUCUUGCUUCUCAACUUCUUCGCUGCAUUGAGCGUUGUCGCUGCUGGAUCUCGUCAGAUCUUCUCUUUCGCUCGUGACAAGGGCAUGCCUUUCUCUGGGUGGCUCAGACAGGUGAGUAACGCCCAACAAUCUAAAAGAGGCGAACGUACUGACCGGAGAAGNAUCGUGACCAUUGGCACACCGAUCCCACUCAACGCCAUCCUCUUCUCUCUAUCAAUCACAGUCGUCCUCGCACUUAUCAACCUUGGCUCAACCACAGCUUUCAACUCAAUCGUUGGCUUGCUUGCCGGCUCUGGNGGGUUCUCAUACUCCAUCAGUAUUGCAUGCGUGCUCUGGCGGAAGAUUUGCAAAAAGCCCUUGCCUCAAGGAAGAUUCUCUCUAGGCAAGAUGGGCAUCCCGAUCAACGCCUGUGCUAUCCUAUACAUGAUACAGCAAGCCAUCAUCAGUUUCUUCCCGAUGUUCGCCGUCGUCACUGUCAAGACGAUGAAUUAUGGCUGCGUUAUGUUUGGUGGAGUGGCCCUCAUUUCGAUUGUGUAUUACAUUAUCAGAGGGAGGCAUGUGUACAAAGGUCCAGUCGUCGACGUUCUUCGUGGUUAG